GAAGAGGCAGUGGCUAGGGGUGAGGAAGCGGAAAGUGGGGGACGGAGUACUUAAGGCGGGUGUCAGCUGCAACGCUACAUUGAGCCCUCCGAGAAUCUAGCAUCCAAACGUGCCGCUCUGCACCUGUCAGCCUUCCCGAAAGGACGCGUGAACCAUGCAGACGAGGAAGAGGUUGCUGUCGCAGGUGGUGUUAGUGGUGCUGGUGGCGGCGGUCCUGGUGGUGCUGGACUCUGCCGAGGCCCAAAGACGCGGUCGCGGUGGCGGUCGCGGUGGGGGUCGCGGUGGCGGUCGCGGAAGGGGUCGUGGGAGCAGUGGCUUUAACAGGACUGUGAACGAUGUCCUGGAACGCUGUGUGUGUGGACCCCCGGGCCAGGCCAACGACUCCUGCACCAACUGUUUUGAACUGGUGGACACGAACAGCAAUGUUACAGUGGAAGACAUCUUUGACUGUCUGACUGCUGCUUCUUUAACUACCAACCUGGCUAGCAACCAAUGCGUCUCUUGCUCCGGUGACGGAAGCUCCUCCGAAGAACGUUAGUAACAAGAAGAGGAAGAACAACAACAACAACAACAACAACAACAACAACAACAACAGUGAGAAGAGAGACCCGGCCUGGCCUGAUCUAAUCUGACCAAGACUAUUGUUAUCAACUGCACCAAAGCCAGCACCAGCAUUUCCGCCACCACCACCACCACCAUCACCACCACCUCCACCACCACCACUAAUAUCUCGAUUGCAGAAAAGAAAAAAAAAUGGUUCCCUCACAACAAAAUAUGUAAACACCAACACCCACCACACCCACACCCCCUAUUUUGGCCUCUUUCUCCCCAAUAUUCUGUUAUUAAAGCAAAGUCAAAAUUAACAAAAGAA